AAUAACACAACCAAGCGCAUUCCUGAGCGCUUACCCGGGCACCAGGUAGCAAGCUCGUACCGGCCGAGACUCACAGGAUCGUCCAUCACCUCCCGUACAGCAGAGCUCAGUGCAGCUGCAGUCCUACGAGAAGACGCAGGACGUCCUCAUGACAUUAAAGACGAACACAUAGCGGACUCUAUGUGUGGCGGAACGUUGUGGAUUACUACUGGAGAGAGACUCAAUAAGCCGUGUUGUCGUGCGUAAAGUGACGCGCGUAGGAUGAUUAAGUUUCUCACGUUUGCUAUCCUCCUGGUGUGGGCAGUCCGGGGGCGCGUCGUCCACAGGAGGAACACUCCGUGCCCGGACGCCUGCGAUGCGUCACGGUGCCCCUCUGCCCCCGCGUCCUGCUCAUACGGGCUGACCAAAGACCGCUGCGCCUGCUGCUCCAUCUGCGCGGCCGGGGAGGGCGACUCGUGCGGGGCGGGAGCCGCGGAGCGGACCGGGGAGGCGUGCGGGGACGGGUUGGUGUGCGGUUACGCAGCGGAGGGGGACCGCAGUGAGCGCAGUGCGUGCGUGUGCGUGUCCGGCGGCCUGGUGUGUGGCAGCGACGGGCGGACCUACCCGAGCCUCUGCCGCCUGAGAGCGGAGAACAGGAGGGCCGAGUUCGGCAGGGGCCCUUCGGUCAUCCUAAUGGAGAGGGGCCAAUGCGGUGCAGGCACCAGGCAUCCUGAGAGCAUGCGCUACAAAUUCAACUUCAUCGCUGACGUGGUGGACAAGAUCGCCCCGGCGGUGGUCCACCUGGAGCUCUUCAGAAGCGUGCCGUUCUCUGAGCAGGACGUCCCGGUGUCCAGCGGGUCAGGGUUCAUCGUGUCCCAGGACGGCUGGAUCGUCACCAACGCCCACGUGGUGGCCAACAAGAGGCGCAUCAGGGUGGAGCUUCAGAGCGGCGUGCGCUACGACGCCACCAUCACCGACGUGGACAACAAGCUCGACGUGGCGCUCAUCAAGAUCGACUCGGAGUACCCGCUGCCGGUGCUUCAGCUGGGCCGGUCCUCGGACCUGCGGCCGGGGGAGUUUGUGGUGGCCAUCGGCAGCCCCUUCUCCCUGCAGAACACGGUGACCACGGGGAUCAUCAGCACUGCCCAGAGACACGGAGCCGAGCUGGGCCUCACCGACUCCACCAUGGAGUACAUCCAGACGGACGCCAUCAUCAACUCGUUAAAAUGCACUUUAUUUCUUCUCCACGUGUGUUUCUCCUCUCAUCGGCGCCGGUUCCACCGGCAGUACGGGAACUCAGGAGGCCCUCUGGUGAACCUGGACGGCGAUGUAAUAGGCAUUAACACCCUCAAAGUCACCGCGGGGAUAUCCUUCGCCAUCCCCGCCGACAAGAUACGGCAGUUCCUCGCCGAGUCCUACGACAGACAGACCAAGGGAAGUACAAAGUCGAAGAAGAAGUACAUAGGAGUCCGCAUGCUGCAGCUGUCCCCAUCGAUGAUCCGGGGUCUGAGAGAACGGAGCCCGGACUUCCCCGACGUCACCUCCGGGGUCUACGUCUAUGAGGCAAUCACGGGGUCCGCGGCUGACAGCGCGGGCGUGAGGACCCAUGACGUCAUCCUGAGGAUCAACGGGCGGGCGGUGGAAACCACGCAGGACGUGAGCGAGGCCGUUGCCAACGACGACCUGCUCUCCGUGGUGCUGAGGAGAGGAGACCGAGACGUCACGCUCACCAUCGUACCGGCCCAGAUAGAUGGGUAGACCCACAGACAGACGGGUAGACCCACAGACAGACGGGUAGACCCACAGACAGACGGGUAGAACCACAGAUAGACGGGUAGAUCCAGAUGGGUAGAUCAAGAGACAGACGGGUAGACCCAGAGACAGUCGGGGAGACGAGAGACAAACGGGUAGAACGAGAGACAAACGGGUAGAACGAGAGACAGACAGGGAGACGAGAGACAGAUGGGUAGAACGAGAGACAGACGGGUAGAAU